GUUCAUUCAUAGUUGCGCUGUUUUACAUUGUAUUUACUUUUUGUAGCUAAAAGGAGGUAACCUCUAAACGUCAGAUUCAAAUUGAGAUCUAGUUGGAUCUGGUCAUCAUUGUGUCAGUUAAAAGUGGUAAAAUGACAUACGAGUAUUAAAAAAAUACAAUCAUGAGUUUAGUGCAAGAAGUGUUGUCCUCGUUCGAGGCAGCAAACAUGGAAAAAGUAAACAAUAAUCUGCCAAAGCUUAUAUCAGAGUCGCUGUCGCUGAAAAUGGAAACAGUCGCCUAUCUGGAAGAAACAUAUAAAAACUACUUCAGCAGACAGGCCGUAAUAAAUAAUCUGCAGACUAAAUGCAACAUACUCAUCGAACAGCAAACUGAGCUCAAAGACAGCAUUACAGUGGUUGUCAAAAAGGAUGCUAACAAGGCAAAGUUGGAAGUGUUGGAUUGCAGCAAGAAACAAGACGAGAUCAACCUGAAUUUAAUGCUGUGUUCACAUUUGUUGAGCAUCUAUAGCUGCAUUUCAAAGAUCACUAAAUGUCAGUCCAACAAAGAGUAUUUGAGGUGUGUGGAGGAACUAGAGAUGAACGAGAGUAAGCUGUCUGAAAUUAAACCUGAAUAUGAUGAAAUUGAACUGCUCACCAAUCUAUCGAUGGAAUUCACAGAGGUAAAAGUUAAUUUGAUUGAGAGACUCUGCGGAGUUGUAAAUAAUCAUAUACAAUAUUCAGUGAAGGAUGUUGGGUCUGGUAUAAUGAUGGCAACAAUUAAUAUACGGGAAAGAAAUGAUGAGGUUGAAGAGGCUCUGAAAGCUUUGGCAAAGUUGGAGGAGAGGAUAACACCAUUGGAUGAUUUGAUUUACUUCAUAUGGGAGCAUAUUUAUAGUAAAAUUGUUAACCAUUCCACGGAUCUGCAGAUUGAGAAAAGUGAUGAAGGGGGUGUACAGAUCAUUUUGAAAUUUAACAGUGAACACAAGGAUAGUUACAGUGAUGUGUUCAAACAGAUCAUCAAAGUUUCUGAGUUGCUGGAUAAGCAUUUCAAUUGUGAGAUUAAGGAGAACAUUACUAUCCUGGAUUACGUUGGGGAGGAUAUCAGGGAUAAUUUGUCUGAGUUGAUUAUUAAGUUUUGCUUGAAUGAUACUAUCCCAUCGAAUGAGGAAGGCUUGAAAAAGUAUAAUGAGGUGAUUGCAGCCACUGAGUUGCUGCAGCAAAAGUUGAUACAGACGCACAUUUUCUUGCCUGAAACAAAGUCGAUUUUGAAGCAUGCCCAGAAUAUCGAUGUUCAUUUCAUCAAUAAGAAGUGUAAAGAAUAUUUAUCGUCGGCUGUGGAUCUUAUGAAAGAGGAUCUACACGAUACCGUGCAAGUUGGUAAAGAGAGCGACGCGUUGGUAAAUGAUGAAUUUCCGCAAAGUUCCGUAUCGAAAAGUGUGCUGAAACUGGUCGACUUGGUGGAGAAGAUCCUGAUCAGCGCCAGUACAAGUUCGGAACUUUGCGCUGGACGUUUGUAUACGACAUGUAAAAACAUCAUUUACUUGUACGGUCCGGCGAUCUGCGAGCAUCACCAUAAGCUGCUGAAAAGCAUUCCGCAGCAGAUCGCUAUAUUCUACAACAAUUGUAUGUAUAUGAAUCACGAGUUCGGUCUGAAGAAGUGGAACGCUCUGCUGAUGAAGUUGCCACCAAGCAUAAGGUCUGCGCCGUUCGAUCUGGGGCAGCACAGUUUGCAGUGCGUAGCUAACGAUAAGUUCGAAGAUUACGUGCAGGCGCAGAUCGCGCAAAUCGAGAAGACGGUAAAUGAAUCUGGUAUUUUGGAUCUGAUGUUCCAACAGAAGAUUGAAGUGUCGACGGAGAAAGCCGUCAGGCAGUGUCUGCGGCAGCUGGAGCUCCUCAAAACCGUAUGGCAGAAGAUCCUGAACUACUACAUGUACAACAAAACGAUCGGAGUGUUGCUGAACUCUCUGGCGAAGACAAUCGUUACCUGCAUCUUAACAGUACAGGAUAUCUCCGCUACCGGCUCCGAACAGCUGGUGGAUAUCCUGAAGGUGGUUCAGGCGAGGGGACCGAAGCUCUUCACGGAAUCUGGAGAGAUUCACAUGUACGUGGACAGUUGGGACAAGCUCUACGAGAUGGGGUUCGUUCUGAAGAGCAACAUGCUGGAUAUUAACGACAGGUGGGCGGAUGGUAAGGGCCCUUUGGCCCUUCAUUUCACAGCAGAUGAGAUGAAGCAUUUGAUUAAAGCUCUGUUCGCGAACAGCGAUAUGAGGGCGAAGAUGCUUGCCCAAAUAAAGAAGUAAUUAAGUGAUAGGGCGUAGGGAGAUUGUAUGUUUGUUUAUUGUAAUAAAACAAAGAAAGUAAUGGUUCA